AUGGCUGCCCCCAGCAUCUCUUCCUCCGCCUCCACAGCGCCCUCACAGGGCUUUGAGGAUUAUUCUGUGUACAGUAACCUGAGCGAUGACGAGCUGCUGCAGCUCGCUAUCGAACGCAGUCUGACGGAUGCCAACCAAGACGCUACCGCUGCCAACAUGCCUCUCCGGCCUCCUCCAGACCGCAACCGCAGCUCCCACAAUCCUCCUCCAGACCGCAGCUCCCACAAUCCUCCUCCAAACCGCAGCUCCCACAAUCCUCCUCCAGAUGAGACCGGAGCUCACUACAGUUCCCACAAUCCUCCGAGUGCAGAACCUCCUGAUCCUUUGACUUUUGAAGGGACAAUCAGCUGCUUCGUUACCGGCUCGGGAAAGAGGAUGGUGGCUUAUCGUAGGCAUAAUGGCGUCCUGGUUCACCUGGCUCCAGAACCUCAAGCGGAGGAGGAGCCUCUGUUCAAAGCGAUCCAUGUGGGAGAUUCAUGCAGAGUCCGAGCUCUCGUGAUGCGUCCCGAAACAAACUUGAUGCUGCCGAGUAAACCGGGCUGGCUGGCGAUUCACCAGGCGGCGUUUUAUGGUCAGGAAAGCUGUUUGAGAGUCCUGCUGUCAGCUCAGCCGGGGAUGGUCAACAAGCGAACAGAGCGAGGUGAGACGGCGCUGCUGAUUUCUGCCAGCAAGGAGCAUCUGCGAUGUAUUCAGGUGCUACUGGACCACGGAGCCGACGCCGACCUCCCCAACCAUGAUCGCGAAUCACCGCUCUUCAAAGCGUGUGAGCGGAGCAGCGCGGCCGUGGUGGCGAUGCUGCUGGCGCAUGGCGUGCAGGUGAACGCAGCGUGCUCUCAGGGCUGGACGCCGCUGCAUGAAGCCGUGUGCAGGAGCAACCUGGAGGUCUGUGAGCUGCUUCUGAAGGCCGGCGCCAAACACGCUCAGACGGACCGCUACGGCAUCUCGCCGCUGUUCACCGCGGCUCAGAGCGGGCAGCUGGACGCGCUGCGCUUCCUCCUCAAGCACGGUGCAGAUAUUAACAGCCAGGCAGCAGACGGAGCCACCGCUCUGUAUGAAGCUGCAAAGAAUGGUCACGAGAACAUCGUGAAGUUUCUCGUGUCUCAUAACGCCGACGCCAACAAAGCGGGCAAGACGGGAUUAUUACCGCUGCACAUCGCCGCCCAGAGAGGAAGUGACACCAUCGUCUCCAUGGUGAUCCCGGCCACCAGCAGAGCCAGGAUCCGCCGGUCCGGCAUCAGCCCGCUGCACGUGGCCGCCGACCGUAACCGUGACGACAUCCUGGAGACUCUGGUGGAGGCGGGAUUCGACGUGAACGCUCAGCUGUCCGAGGAGCGAUCCAAACUGUACGAGGACCGGCGCAGCACGGCGCUCUACUUCUGCGUCAUCAACAACAACAUCGAGGCCACGCGGCUGCUGCUGGAGGCCGGCGCCGACCCGAACCUCGACAUGUUCCGGCCGCUGAUGGUGGCGGCGCGGCUCGGCUGCAUCCGGACCGUCGCGCUGCUGGUGGAGCACGGCGCCGACAUCAACGCCGCCAUCCCCACGCACCCCACCACCUUCCCCGCCGUCUACAUGUUCUGCAUGAAGUACCUGACCAUGUUCAAGUACCUGCUGGACAACGGAGGCCACGCCCACUCCUGCUUCACCUGCACGUACAACAGCCAACCUCAUCCUCCAAUCAAAACGUCCCGAUCCCCCAGGGACGACUUCAACAACCCAGACGCUGACCAAUCAGAGCUCAGCCCGGCCCGAGGCGUCCAGUUCUGUGAGAUGAUCUCCGCUCCCAGCAUCUCUCGGUGGGCGGGGCCAAUCAUCGACGUGCUAUUGGACUACGUGGGUCAUGUGACUCUGUGCAGCAGACUGCAGGAACACCUGGACAGCUUCUCUGAUUGGUCUGUCAUCAAAGAUAAAGCAGCCCCCCCCCGCCCCCUGCUGCAGCUCUGCAGGCUGCUCGUGUGUCAGCUGGUCGUUCCUCGUCGGCUCCAGAAGCUCCCGCUGCCCGGCGGCCUGAUCCGCUUCCUGCAGCACCAGGAGGGAGCCGUGGACAUCUGAGGGACACAGUAUACUGAUCAGUGUUGAUCAGUAU